UAUUCAUCAACCAAUCACAUUUGAUCUUUUACGUGUCGUUGGUCGCUGUAAACAAUAUGGCGGAUGUUUUUGAUUUUUGAAAAAAGUCGUAAAUAUCUUUAGUGAUUUCUCCUUCAUCUUUUGCAAGAGUAUUGAAAACAUAGAUUAAGAUGUCCACUAUAAGUGACUUAAGUGUACCAGACAUUCCGCCACUGUCACCUGGGAGUAGUGUCUCAACAAGAUUACAGGAUGAGUAUGACGAGUUACUAAAGUUUGCUGUAGUUGUACCCAAAUAUGAUCCUGCUCAGAUACCCCAGACACUGACGGAUGCCAAGGACUCCUUCAUGCAGGCCAGCUCUCAGUCCGUGCCCAGACGCACCGACAGAAGACUCAUGGAUGAAGAUGAGCUAUCAGAGGCGACAGAUGUUACUCCAAUAAAUGUGAGACCAUCACCUAGAGAAGGACUCCCUGACUUUGUCUCCAAAACUACUCCUAGAGAAAGACUUCCAGACUUUGGUCAGUCACCAAUAAUGGAUGAAGACAGGCCACAUGAUCCCAUACCAAGCCAUUAUUUUGCUAGGGUGCCUUCUACAAAUUCAGAUAUGAAUGGGAACAACACUAAGCAGGUAAAUGGAGAAUAUGAGAGAGUGUACACAGCAACAGUUGAUCCGGACGUCUCUAAGAUGGAAAAUAUGAUGGAUCAAUGGUGUCUCGACCUGAAGAGAAAUGUUCUGGCUGAGUUUAGCCAAUCGAAAAUCAGAAUAGUUGAACAGGGCAGACUGCAGCUUGUCAAGGAACAAGAAAAGCAUGCUUCAGAAAAAAUGAAACUGCUGGAUGAAAUAAACAGUUUGAAGGAGUUACUGGCUACAUACGAGAAAUCUAUAGAGAGGAAAGACCAAGUAAUAUCCAACCUUACACACGCCAUGCAGAAACAAAAAGAUAAAAAUGAGAUGAUGAGAACAUUCUGUGAGUGGAAGAUGAAACACAAUGACUUCAAAAGAGAGACAUUCUGUACAAUGAUAGCAAAGAAGCACCAUCAAAGAAGUUUACAGAGGAAGGUUUGGGACGCCUGGCACUCUGUUAUAGAGACUAAGUGGAGGGUGCGUGUAGAAAAGGCCUGCCAGGCCAAGGCUCAGGAAGUCUGUAUACACCUCACCAAUGAUUAUGAAGCCAAACUUUCUGCUGCCAAUGAGGAACUGGAUUCAGUGAGGUCAGAGGUUGCACAGAUGCACAAGGAGAGAGAACGGUAUGAGGAGAUGAUGAAGAAAGCUUUCAUGCGUGGCGUGUGUGCCCUCAAUCUUGAAGCUAUGACAAUCUUUCAUAACAAUGAGGAAAAAGAGAACAGAGAUAUAGGAAAUGGUCAGAUUCCUGAUGAUAUCAGUGAGAACAUGAAGGACAGUAUACCUGAGAAAGACUACAGUAUUCCUAAAACAUUACCUCAUGAAUAUGCACAACAUGAGAGAAUUGUAACUAGUGAAGGGUCACGACCUUCCACAGUCACUCAGGGAAGGCCAAUGAGCUCAAAGUCUACAGGGAAACCAGGAAUAUCAAAAGCUUUAACCACCAAGGUCACAUCAAAAAUCGACAGUAGGAUGACAAAAGGGGUGGGGUCACAAGUGUUGGCUCCGCCCAUGACGUCAGUGACAGUUGAACGACAUCAGCCAGUGAGUAAACAAACUAUGCCACAUGCAGUAGCAGGAAAGUAUCCUCGUUCACACGCAGCGCCAUCUAGUGACAGGAGAAAGUUAGCAGGUCAAGGUCAUCUACCAUCAAAUUUACAAACUGUAAAACAUGUGGAAUGAUGAAGGGAGAGGUGGGGAGAGUGGGGGUGGUAUUUAUUUGGAAAGUGUACAUGUAUAUUUGGUUAAUUGAAUUAAUAGGGACAAGAUGACAUGACAAAACAAGUGAUAUUUAUGGAUUUUAGAAUAUUUGGUGUUGCUAGCAUCUUUUUAUUCUUUUGGAGAAAAGGAAAGGGGGAUUGGAGUAAUAAAAUUACCCUUUCUCUACAGAAUUUACUAGAGGCAUUGCCACCUCUUGUGAAACAGUCAGUUGUUUGGAGGAUGCAUAGUAUUUCCAUUACUGUAAAAUCAGACAAUUUCUGCAAGUCUAAAAGUUCAUUAUAUUUUAAACUGGAAUUUGUGAGGUAGAAUUUUCACAAUAAAUAGCUGUCUGGUGAAACAUAUAUGGCUGUAUAAUACCGCUGUCACAAAUUAUUUGGCAAAUACAAUCUGUGAAUAUUGCUUGAUAAAUUUCCUGAUCCUACAGUAGUUUAUUGUCUACAUCACAAGUGAAUCCAGUCAGAGUUUGUGAUUAGUGUCUACUGGUUAUUUAUAUUCAUGUGCCUAUACAUGUAUAUAAAUGGCAUACUUUUUCCCUUGCUGCUGAAUAUACUUGCCCGUAAAAUACUAAAUACAAGCAAACAUGUGUUGUUUGCAGUAGACGUCUGUAUGCUAUUAAGGACGUAUGCUAGAAUUUGGUGCGAAAAUUUUCCCAAUAACAGAAUUUCUUCAAACUUUGGAUAUUGAAGGACAAUCAUCUAAGAAACAAAAAA